AUGGCACUCAGACGGUCUACCCGACUAGGUACAGUCCCCAGCAUCCAGAACCCACCCGUGCUACAGCGCACAGCACCCAGCAAAGUGUCAAGGGUGCAACACGGCGCCGUUGCCAAACCCCGCAAGCUCUCUACGAAGCCAAAGAAACCAGUUCCAGAUGUCAAGCCAUCCACCACCUCCGACUCCUACUGGACCUCAGAGUCCCCAGCUACACCAUCUAAACCCCGAAAUGUCUCCCCGCCCCCUCUCAACCGCCCCGUCGACCCGCACCGAACAAACGCAACCCUCCUCACCCCUCACGGCUCCUCCGUAACUGCCUACCCACAAGACCUACAAGAUGCCUCGCCCUCAAAGACCGGCCUGCCCCGACCCAUCGCUACAACAGGAACGCUUCUCGAGAAAGCAACCGCCCACUUAAUAGCCACAGACCCGCGCCUUCGACCCGUCAUCGAGGCGCACCCGUGCCCACUCUUCUCGCCCGCCGGCCUAGCAGAAGAAAUCGACCCCUUCAACAGCCUGACGAGCAGUAUAAUCGGACAACAAGUCUCCGGCGCAGCGGCAAAGUCUAUUCGGAACAAGUUCCUGGCGCUCUUUGACAGCCUGGGAGAUCGCAAGUUCCCCACGCCCGAGGAAGUCGCGCGGUGCGAUAUUGCCACGCUGCGCACGGCGGGCCUGUCGCAGCGCAAGGCGGAGUAUAUCCAGGGAUUGGCGGAGAAGUUUGCUGCUGGGGAGCUGAGUGCGCAGAUGCUGGCGAGGGCUAGUGAUGAGGAGCUUGUGGAGAAACUGACUGCGGUGCGUGGGCUCGGAAAGUGGUCUGUUGAGAUGUUUGCCUGCUUUGCUUUGAAACGGAUUGAUGUGUUCUCGACUGGGGAUCUGGGUGUCCAACGAGGCUGUGCGGCCUUUACGGGUCGCGAUGUGAGCAAGCUCAAAGCCAAGGGUGGUGGCAAGUUCAAGUACAUGUCUGAGAAGGAUAUGUUGGAGCUGGCUGCCAAGUUUGCCCCAUAUCGGACCCUGUUUAUGUGGUAUAUGUGGCGGAUUGAGAACGUGGAUGUGGCCGUCCUCGCUGGUUGA